UCUCUCUCUCUCUCUACAUCUUCUUUCUCUCUCUAAGCCCGUGAUUUUUUCAUCAUCUUCUUCGUCGGAAACAGAGAUGGAUUUGAAGAACAGAGCUUAAUCUCAAUAAUGGUUAAUUUCUCUCCAUUUUCCACGUCAUUUACCUUCAUAUUACUUCUAUUUUCCUUUUCCAGUGCUGGCAUUUUCAAUUCCGCCGCCGCCGCCGCUGCCGCCGCCACAGAGUUCGACUUCGGCACCGUCGCCCUCAGUAGCUUGAAGCUCCUUGGCGAUGCUCACUUAAAUAACGGAAGCGUGAUGCUUACGCGAGACCUUGCCGUCCCCAACUCCGGCGCUGGCAGAGUCCUCUACGCCCAACCUAUCAGAUUCCGGCAGACAGGGAUUGACUACCUCGCCAGUUUCUCCACAUUUUUCUCCUUCUCCAUUACGAAUCUCAACCCUUCGUCGAUAGGCGGCGGGCUGGCGUUUGUAAUCUCGCCGAACGCCGACACUGUCGGCGGCGCAGGAGGGUUCUUGGGCCUGGCCGACGAGAGGGGAUUGGGAUUCGUGGCGGUGGAAUUUGACACGUUGAUGGAUGUCGAAUUUAAGGAUAUUAAUGGGAACCAUGUCGGAUUGGAUCUGAACGACAUGGUUUCGUUGCAGGUUAAAGAUCUGGAUGGAAUUGGAAUCGAUCUCAAAAGCGGCGAUACGGUGAAUUCUUGGAUUCAAUACGAUGGGUCGUCUCGGAUCUUUGAAAUUUUCGUUUCUUAUUCGAAUUUGAAACCGACAGAACCUUUGUUGUCAUUCAAUCUCGAUCUCGACCCGUAUUUGAACGAUUUUAUGUAUGUCGGAUUUUCCGGUUCGACUCAGGGGAGUACGGAAGUUCACAGUGUGGACUGGUGGAGUUUUACGUCGUCGUUUGACUCAAAUUACCCACCGGGGGCGGUUCCCCCGCCACCGACGACGACGCUGAUGAACCCAGCAGCCAAUAUCGCCCAGUCACCGCCGCCGACGCAGCCACCGUCAGGGUCAAAUUCUGUCACGCAGAAGGACACCAAGUCGCCGUCCUGCCACAACGGACUCUGUAAGCAAAACGCCGGCGCAGUUGUCGGAGUAGUGACGGCGGGGGCGUUUGUUUUAGCAUUAUUUGCUGGUGGGUUAAUCUGGGUAUAUUCCAAAAAUAUCAAACGGGUGAAAAAAGCAGACUCCCUCACUUCAGAAAUCAUCAAAACGCCGAAGGAAUUCACUUACAAAGAGCUCAAAAUCGCCACGAAAUGUUUCAAUUCUAAUAGAAUCAUCGGCCAUGGCGCUUUUGGGACUGUUUAUAAAGGGAUUAUGCCGGAAACCGGCGACAUUGUGGCGGUGAAACGGUGCAGCCAUAGUACACAAGGGAAGACCGAAUUUCUCUCUGAACUUUCGAUCAUCGGAACUCUCCGCCACCGGAAUUUGGUCCGUCUUCAAGGAUGGUGUCACGAAAAGGGCGAAAUUCUGCUAGUUUACGAUUUAAUGCCAAAUGGGAGUUUGGAUAAAGCUCUAUUCGAGGCCAGAACGCCGCUGCCGUGGCCUCACCGGAGAAAAAUCCUCCUCGGCGUCGCCUCCGCGUUGGCGUAUUUGCAUCAAGAAUGUGAAAAUCAGGUCAUUCACAGAGACAUUAAAACCAGUAACAUAAUGUUGGAUGAAGGAUUCAAUGCCCGAUUAGGCGAUUUCGGGUUGGCCCGACAAGUGGAGCACGAUAAAUCACCGGACGCCACCGUCGCCGCCGGCACAAUGGGGUAUUUAGCCCCGGAAUAUCUCCUCACCGGCCGGGCGACGGAAAAAACCGACGUAUUCAGUUUCGGCGCCGUAGUACUAGAAGUAGCCAGCGGUAGACGGCCAAUCGAGAAAGAGACGGUUUCCGCCGCCCGCGGCGGAAAAUUUGGCGUCAACAGUAAUUUGGUCGACUGGGUUUGGAGUUUACACCGGGAUGGACGGUUAUUGACGGCUGCCGACGGGAGACUCAGCGGCGAGUUUGAGGAAUCAGAGAUGAGGAAAGUUUUGUUAGUCGGGUUGGCUUGUUCGCACCCGGAUCCAAUGACCCGACCCACAAUGAGAGGCGUAGUGCAAAUGUUAAUCGGCGAUUCAGAUAUUCCGAUCGUCCCUCGGGCUAAACCGUCGUCUAGUUUCAGCACCGCCCAAUUGCUUCUCACUUUACAAGACAGCGUGUCCGAUCUCAACGGCAUGAUCGCCAUUUCUACUUCCUCGUCCGAGGUGAGUUUCAAAGGCAUGGAUCUGAUCUCGCUGGAUGAUCGGACGGUGGAAAUCCAUCAAACGUCAGAAUAAUUAUCCACUCAUACGGUACAUAUAUUUCACAGAAUUAAAUUAUUGUAUUUUUCAAUCUUAUCCAAUAUUUUUUUCUAAUUUAAUGUAUGACAAAAUAACCAGGCAUCAGCACUCCAACUGAGAUUGUGGGGCCCACAGUUUAUUUAUUAAUUAUUAUUAUAUCU